CGAGCAAGGAGCAGCAGCGGCAGCGCAGCAUUUGCGCAGCGACAAGCGGAGCAGCAGCAGGGCGACUAAGCCAGCACGGCGGCCAUUGCCGCCUGAGGUACCUGGGAGCGGAGGACCUCUCCUCCCUCCCUCGUCAGCUCUCUCUCUCUCUCUCUCUCUCCUCCUCCUCCUCCUUCUUCUUCUUCUUCUUCAGACAAGUGCACCAUCGCCGAACUCCACACGCACAUCACGUGGAAGGAGUUCGAGCAGCUAUUUUUCACCCGGUUCAUGGUCCGCAAUGUCGUGAAGGCGGCCAUGAAUGAGGUGUACACAUGCUCUCAGGGGAACAUGCCAACUCGAGACUGGACAAYGAAGUGGCAAAAGAUAGUGACCACACCAGGCUUCGACUUGAUGUUUCCAAAUCAACGAUCCGAGUUCUUCUCGCGAUCAUGCGCGGGAUUGMGGUCGGCACUCGGUAAUGAGUACGACUAUACCACAUUCCAGGSCAUUCUGGAUCGAGCGAACUUGGUCAUCCAAACGGACGACAAGGCCGCUAACGAGAGACAAUCCCAACCGCAUUAUGUGGCUAAGCAGGCCUAUCAACGUCCGGCACAUAACAAUGCCGUGAUUUCUGAGGAAACCGACAACCACCACGCUGCAGCAACAUCCUCGGGUGAUGGAGGAAUUGUCGCAGCGCUCCCGCCGAAGCGUCCCAAGGGAGUUCGUAAGAACAAGGCGACACAAGAGACGGCAGCGACGGGAGCUGGGCAGCCAUGRACSRCAUAUAAGAUCACCAAGGAGGUCUAUGACCUACGUCAGAAGUACGGAUACUGCCUUUGGUGCAACGGAGUCACCCAUGUGACCGCACAAUGCCCCGAAAAGGGCAAGGCACGCGUACCCCAGCUUGGCUGCUGGAUGAUGACGGGAGAGCGUCAGGCUGUUCGGAUACGAGUGAAGUAUUUGAAAUCAAUCCUCAGUCAAGACGCUCGGUUCUUUGACCUUCAUGCAAGGCGCGAGGAGGUUGUCAACACUUUAGCCAAUGACAUUAUGAAGAUCAACGAGUCCAUUGGGGAAAAUGUUGGCGUCUGCGUUCAGUUCAUGACACAGGCAGUUCUAUGCUUCACAAUUGCAUUUGUGACUACCUGGAAACUCGCCUUGAUUACCUGCGCUGUUUUACCAAUUGUAAUUGCUGCAGCAUUGAUUUACAUGGUCACACUGACAGGCCUGAUAUGCCAAGCACCAGAAGCAUACUCUGAGGCAGGCAAUGUUGCUGAGAAACUGAUUAUGCAUGUCCGUACUAUUAUUGCAUUCGCUGGAGAAAAUAUGGCUCUGCGGAUGUAUGCUUCUGCGUUAGAGAAUACGCUAAGAGUUGACAAGCCAUGGGGGAGAAGUGUGAAGCUCACUUGGGUUACCAUCGACAAAGGGGUGGAGGAUGGGAGCCUAAACCAAGUGGAGCAGCACCAGGUGCGGUUACAAAGGCAGAAGAGAAAGGAAAGGGACGCCACGACAUCUGGGACCCCAGGGGUGAAAAAGAUUGUCACCGACGUACUAGCAGAACUAGACGCAGUGAUACAAAGGAAGGUGGUGACGGCAGUCCAAAGGAAGGCAAAGGACGCCGUGGUAGAGGAAGCUAUCCAGGAAGGAUGGGAAGAAGAGGAGCCAGUACCCCAACACCUCUCAAAGACGCAGCAUAAGCAGUGCAACCUAACGCUGGGAGGACAAGGCUCUGGGAAGGGGCAGGUGCCCCAAGCAGUGGUUAUCGCGCCCCCGAGUGUGUCGACCCCUUCAAGUAGUGCGGGCCCGUCACAAGCACCGGUACCGCCAUUCGGACAGUGGCCAUGGCCCAUAUUCAAUACAUAUGUGCCUUGGGGAAGCCCAACGCCAACUGGACAGGUAGUACCAUAUGGUGGGCCCCAAACAAGUAUGCCGCCUCCAAGCUACCUCGCCGCUCAGACUCAACCCACAACGCCACCUCCGCCGCCCGCACAAAGUUCACAGGGUAGUGUGGCGGCUGGGGGUAAUCAAGGCCAAGGGAAUCAAGGAAAUGGAGGGAGAGGCGGUGGAAGAGGACGCGACAGGAAUGGCGGGGGCCGAGGAGGUCAAUGGGAUAACCAAGGUUACCAGGGCCAGGAGAAUCAAGGUAGCCAAGGUAAUCAAGGGAACCAGGGAGGCGGAAGAACCCGCUUUGAUUGGAGGACCGCCAUAUGUCAGCACUGCGACAAGCAAGGUCACACUAUACGGUUCUGCAACACAAGGCGGGAAGAUGAGAGAACGGGACUGAUCUACUCUAACAUGGAUGGUGACAUAUAUGAUCAGUUCGGAGAAUAUAUCGAUAGAAAGGUCCCUGGUGGAGUAAGGGCGGAGGCCCAGUGGAGAGUGGCGGCACGGCAAGCGCCUCCUGCCAUGUUCCGGUUAUGGCAGGAAAAAGAGGACUCACCCAUUAGAGUAGAAGAGGUGGGAAGUGAUGAGGAAGUAACCCAGAGGCUGCGGGCAGGGGUCAUAAGAGAAAAACCCAUAAUCAUUGAGUCAGAGGACGAGAGUGAGGAGGAAAGGGUGGAACCCACGUUGGUCCUGCAGGGGAAGAUGGAAGAUCUGUUGGACAAGGUGGGGAGAUACCAACGGAAGUUGGUAGGUUUUUGCGAAGAAGUAAGGGAGUGGAGGGCGAAUCUCCCCAAGGUCUUCCUCUAUGAUUCUGGCCCAGAAUCCAUGCCAGGACGGCCUCGGGUGGCGACCGUGGGGUCAGGCCCUCGGUCAAGAAUGAUGACUAGGCCUCCUACGCCGCAAGGAAGGUUGGCGCAGGCAGCCCAUACUCGAGGGAAGAGAAAGGAAACGGUGGAAGUGGAGGAUGAUGACGAAGAUGAAGAGGAGGAUGAGAGGCUGCGCCAGGAGGAAGAUCAAAGGGCGGAACAAAGGGCCAAGAAAAGAGAAAGUCGAGAGGAAGUUGAACCGGUCCUGCGCGAUGUACCGCCCAAGAAAAAGAAGUAUGCAGUCCGGUUAGAAGAAGGGUUUGAUGUGGAGAGGGUGAUCGACAGACUGCUUGAAGGCCAUAAUGACCUUAUGACCCUCAAGGAGGUCUUGGCGUCCGCCCCAAGGCUCUGUAAUGAGUUGAAAGGUAGACUAUCGAGGCGGUUAGUGCCAAAUGUCCAUCUCAGUGUAAUUCUGCCAAAGGAGGUAGAAUGGGCAGAACCCGGGACGAAGAUGGACUGUAAGUGUGUGGCCUACGACAUGGUAGACCUAGUGGUAAAAGGUUCCAAGUGCAUGGCGAUGGUGGAUACUGGGGCCGAAAUGAAUAUUAUCCGAGAAGCUGACGCUAUCAAGUUUGGGCUGGAGAUAGACCGCUCGGAUUGCGACAUUCUGCAUGGGGCCAACAACAAGGCCGUGUUUUGCGGGACCGCCUCGAACGUACUACUGGAGAUUGGAAGGGUAAAGGUCAGGGCUUGCUUCUUCAUGAUGCCAGACGUAGAUCAUAGUAUUCUCCUAGGGAGGUCCUUUUUGUGCAGGACAGAGACCCUAAUGUACAACAAGCAUGACGGGUUGCUAAUCCUGAUCUUAUGUGAUCCAGCGUGCGGAAACUACGAGGUAAUCACCUGCCGGAACACUGGACCAAGAAGCAUCAGGAACUGGCCCAAUCAUGGCUCUUUCACCAUUGAGGAGUCAGAGGAUAAGCAUCGAAGGCUUAUGGCGGAGUCCGAGGAAGAAAUAGGAGGAGAAGCAUUCUUGCUCAGCUUAUCUGAUGUAAAUAAGGUCAUAGACAUAGUGGCCACGCAUGAAAUGGCGGAUCCAGACGCCAUUCAGGCGCUGAGGGAACAAGUCUUGGAGUAUCCCCAGGUAGGAGAGAUGGAGUUGGCUUAUCGGCUUCCAAAGGGGGGAAGGGAUCUUGCUAUGGCACAGGCGCAGGCGCGAGCAGCAAGUCAGCCCUUUUUAGGGGACGGCUCAAGCAGGGGUCCCAAAGGCGGAGGACUACCGAAUGCAGAUGCGUUGUCAGAGUCGUGUGCUGGAAGGCCAAUAAUUUCCCUUAUUGACCUUUAUUCCGGAUAUGACCAAUUUCCGGUCUAUCCGCCAGACCGAUCAGUAACAGCGAUGCAUACGCCUCGAGGACUCAUCCACAUGAAUGUGGCUCCGCAAGGGUGGACGAACGCUGUGGCAAUGGUCCUGAGACAUAUGAUUCGGGUCAUGCAAACAGCCAGUCCGCAUAUUACGCAGCCAUAUAUUGACGACUUGGCAGUAAAAGGGCUCAGAAGGAGAGAGGACGAUGAAGUCUUGCCAGGAGUAAGACGUUUUGUCUGGAAGCAUGUCCAGGACCUUGACAAAGUCAUAGGCUUGCUUGAGGAGCAUAACCUUACGGCUAGUGGAGCCAAAUCCAAACAUUGCAUGAGGGAAGCUACUAUUUUGGGGCUCGUCUGCAAUGAGAGCGGCCGGAGGCCAGACGUUAAGAAGACGGACAAGAUAGUGGAGUGGCCAGUGCCAUUCCACUCAAUAACAGAUGUUAGGAGCUUCCUUGGUACAUGUGGCUUCUGGAGGACCUUUGUCAAAAACUUUGCUGCCAAGACAGAGCAAUUGAGGAAGUUAGUUUGUCAGGAUCAGGAGUGGAUUUGGGGUGAGGAUCAGGAGAAAGUGGUAGCAGCGAUGAAGGAAGAGUUUCGAGAAGGACUGGUGCUGGGAGCACCGGACUAUGACGCUACGGAGGAAGGGGAGGCAAUAGAGGAUACGCCCCCAGUUGAUGGUUUUUUGGACCAGGAAGAGGACAUCCGCCUUCACAUCAAUAAGUGGUCUCCGCGCGUGCCUAGUUGUGUUGGUCAUCCUAUUUGGCACGCACCAAAGGGGUAUGAACGAAAGGCUGAAUUAGUGCUCAAGCCUUUUGAGGAAGAGGACCCUUGGGGCGGCAAAGACGUCCAAUUGAUGAUGAAGCUGGCACUCGUAGGCAAUCACAGUCUGGUGGAAGAGAUAACAACGAUAGAGGAAGGUCCAGAUCGGGUAAGGAGGCAUGAGGAAUUGAUGGGGGGAAUGUACCUCCUCGUCAAUACACUUCUGAAGGAGUCCUUUGACUUGGUGGGCUCGCUAAAUCCGGCUGAGGGAGGAGAUGAUGUACUAGAAAGCCAGGAUGACGAGUUUGAAGAGGGGGAGAUCAAGGAAGCAUUCCGGGCAGAAGAGUAUGAUGGAAUUUACCUAGAGCUGGGACUUCUCCUAUCGUGCGAGAUGCGGGACAGGGAUGCAAGCGAUAGAGCCCAGAGGAUGAGGGAACGUUAUUUGGUGAGAGACGGGCAUCUCUUCGUAAAAAGGCAAGUAGGAAAUCAUAGGAGAGUUGUAUGCGGCAGGAACCGCCAGAUCGACGUUAUAGCUGCACUUUAUGACGACAUUGUGGGAGGGCAUCGAGGAAUUACUGCCACAUAUGCCAAGAUAAGUGAGCUAUAUUAUUGGGACGGAAUGAUGGAGAUGGUUGGUAAGUUCUGUUGGUCAUGCGUACCUUGUCAAGAGCAAUCUCGUCUGAGGCCGGAAGAGCCACUGCAUCCAAGGUUGGAAAGGGAAGUAAGGGCCGUAGUACACCUCGACUUGUUAUUCAUGCCACUCGAAGAUCAUGGCUACAACUACAUCUUCGAUGCACGAGACAACCUAUCUGGCUUUGUAGAUGGACGGGCCAUUCGUACGAAGACUGGGCCAGUCCUGGUUAGCUGCAUCGAGGAGUACUACCUACGCUAUCCGUUUGUUAGAGAAUUCGUAAUGGAUAGAGGAUCAAAGUUCACCUGCAAGGAGGUGCAAAAGUUGUUGUCAAGGUAUGGUGUAGUAGCUAAUUACACCACGGCCGCGCACCCUCAGGCAAAUGCCCCAGUAGAAAAAGGGCACAACACUAUUACGAACCUGUUGGCCAAAUGGGCUGAAGGUAGGCCCAAUCAAUGGCCGCGGUAUCUAAGGGCGGCAUUCUUUGUUGAGAAUAUUACGAUUGAGAAGUUAAAUGGGACAGAGUGGAAGGAUUGGGUGUCAGGAACAAGGCUGAAGAAGUUUGUGGUGAGAGAAGAGUCUGACUCUGCAAAGACAGCCAUCCCAAGAGGAGGGAGGGGGACACGGCCGCCACGGAAGCCGUUGGGAGCAUCAGGAGGAUAUGAGCAGCGUGGGUCUCACCACCGAGAGAGCACGCCAGUAUACGACGACGGGGAUAUUGAGUUGUUCCUGGACGAGUUAUGGGGGUAUGCUGACCAUAUGGGCUGGACCAUGACCCAGGCAAUCGAAAGGUUGAGAGGAGUUGGCAGAUUCGCAGAGCCUAUCGCACAGAUCCGUCGGGAGGCGAGGACGAGGCCAGAGGUGGAGGCAAGGAUGCAGGAGCUACGACCAUCACCUGUGGGGCCUGAUGGUAGACCUAUCCGCUUGGAGAUUGGGAAUGCAGAGGAGUUCAUCCCCGCGUUCGAACAGUUCAUGUAUAAUCAGGGCAUAUUGAGGGAUGAGUGGGCAAGGACAUUACCCUUGUGGACCCGGAAGGCGGAAAGACCCUUGGCCAAGCAGAUCAGAGACAUGGCCCGAGAUUGGGAGGGCUGCAGGGCGCAUUUGAGAGAGGCAUUCCGACGGCCAGAGCCGCCUCAACCCAGAGUAAAGAGACGUCUGAGGAGCGGGAGGCAGAGAGACCCUGAGCCCAAUGAGACCAGGCCGUUGCGAAGGGGACGAAAAGCGCUCGCCAGGCGAGAGGAGGAGAUGGUACCUGAGACUGAGGGGCAAGGGACAUAUCCUGCGUGCGGGUUAGGACCGGUGGAGUUCCAUCGGUUUACUGAGGGAGGACAGGCAGCAUCUCCACUACACAUACGGGAGGAGAUGCCGGUAUCUGGAGAGCCAUUACAGGAUGGGAGGUGUGACGAGCCAGCCGGAGAGGUGCCACGAGAGGAGGUUCAGAGCCCUGUGCGGGAGAAGGGACCAAAUAUUGAGAAAGGGCGUGCUGAGGAGGAGGUCAUAGAGGUUGGGGAGGAUACUCCCCCUCAGACGCCAGCUGUGGGACUGAGACUUGGGAGCCCACCAGAGAGCGCACCCAGCAAAGGAGAGGAGCCACAGGGAGAGGAAGUACCAGCACCACUGCCAGAAGUGGCCCCGUCGCCAGAAGGAAUGAAGGAAGGUGAGAUUGAGAGAGCUGACCUAAGGAGAGAGGCACUCGCCUUGAUUGACGAGCAACUGGCCGCACACGCACUUGAGCACCGUGACCUGGAGGAGCCCAUGCCUACGGAACCGCCUCAGGAGUCAUGUCAGGCCGAAAGAGAGGUGGAAGCAGAGACACUGGAGAGAGCCGAUCGCCGCGCAAGAGAGAGAGUACCAACAGGGGAAACGAUUGAGGAAAAGCGGGCCAGAGUAGGGAAGCGCUGGGAGGAGAUCCGGCAAGAGAGGCAGAGGUUGGAAGAAGCAGGAGCACUCCCGGAUCUGCCGCCACCCCAUAAGCCGUAUGGACUCAAGGAGAUGUGGGAGGAAUUCCUUGUUCAACAUGGCAAGGGUUUAACGGCUCCAGAAAAGGUGGAAGUCGAGACCUCGAGGAAAGCGGAUGACUAUUUAGACCGAAGGAUCCGCUCCCUGUCCAAGACAUCCUUCGACAGGUAUAUGAUGUUGGAGGCUGAUCUGAAGAGGAAAGAGAUGAGGGAGACAAGGCAUGAAGCGCGUUUGGAGGCCGCCGAGGCCGAGGUCCGCGAGCUCAGAGCAUUGGUGGCUAGUCAAACCGCCAUCAUUCAGGAUUUGAGGCAGCAGCUUCGAGGUGGCAUGGAUGGGGCAGAGAGCAGCAGACAGGGAGAGCAGAGACAGCCAGAGCUGGACGUAUCAGGGCAGCCAUCCUCAGUUGUACCUCAACAAGAAACACCCAUGGGGAGAGUCAUCUUGGAGCCUGAGGAGGCGAAGGCCAAGAAGGAGGCGGAGAGAGAGGCCUUCGAGUUCAGGACCCCUACUGAACUCGCUAUACUGCCUACGGUGACAGCGGUCCCUACCAUGCCACCUUCAGCUGAGGAGGGACUGUCGAUAGUCGGCGGCGAGCCAGUCCAGGGCUCGACAGAGGGGUCUAUGGAUGUGCUGCUUGAGGCGGUUCACACUAUGUAGGAAGGUGUGAGCCUAUUUUCGCCUGAGCAGAGGAUAG